AUGACCGAGUUUCGAGUGCCCCUCGGUGGUGCCCAGCACGCAUACGGAUAUCAGAAUUACGAUGCUCCUCGCAGUCAGAUCAGCCCCCAACUGGCAGGCCCCCAGACUACGCACACUCGGACUCGCACAACCUCUUCCAGCGUCUUCCCUAGCCACGCUUCUCAGCAAUAUCACGGCGCUCCCCCACCCCCUCCCAUCCCACAGACAAUGAAUCACUAUCCUCCAUCUCGACGCAUGUCUAGCACUACAACUUCAACCUCUUCUACUGGCAAUCACCCAAUGGCACAGGCGGGGCACGGAGUAUCUGACAUUCGGCGCACUGCCUCGUCGCGCUCUGCCAACUCUCAGCUUGGAUAUGUGGCCCUGAUGCGUCGGCAGAAGGCUACUGUCUGGUGUGACCGUGCUCAGCCCGAGGAUGCCAGACUGCGUGAGCAGGCCUUGCGGGCUAAGAAGAGAGCCUACCUGGAAGUGCACGGAUCAGGUGCCCGGGCUGGAAAUUUGAACAGCGGCAAGAUAAGACAUGGUCCCAAGGGAGCUGCUGAAUUCUCGCCUUCCAACCUUGUCGGCGCUAAGGUCCCUGUGCGAUUGAGCGCUAAUGAGGUCGGUGACGGAGACGAUGACGCUCUUAGCACCGACGGUGGCGCAAUGCACCGCCGGACCGGCAGUGGCCGCAGCUCACUGGGAAGCGCCCACCGCUACCCUAGUGGAUACACCAGGCCCCAAGGCACCAUGGGUAGCAAUAGCACCCCUCCGAAUGAGAAAACCGAUCUACCAGAGGUAUCCGAAAAUACAACGGCAGAGAUUCAAGAGGAAGAGAAGAGCCGGCUGUCGUCCCUCAUCAAGGACGAUGUGGCAACAACGCACAGUAGCGAGCAAGAACAGGAAGAUUCUCUUGGUGACAUGCAGGCACCGAGCGCCGCUACUGCUGCCGCCGAAAAAGCCAAGAAGGCAGCCGAUCUUCGACGAAGAGGAAGUGUGGACGAACGGACUACUUCCAUGACCAAUGUGCGGCUAUUCGUUGCAAACCCCGACUCCGACAGCGACUGA